GGUCCGGGCUCCGACUCCACGUACGCCCAUGGCAACGGUUACCAGGAGACGGGAGGCGGUCACCAUAGAGACGGGAUGCUGUACCUGGGCGCCAGGGCCUCGCUGGCCGACGCGCUGCCCCUCCACAUCGCGCCGCGGUGGUUCAGCUCGCACAGCGGUUUCAAGUGCCCCAUUUGCUCCAAAUCCGUGGCUUCUGACGAGAUGGAAAUGCACUUUAUCAUGUGUCUGAGCAAACCUCGCCUCUCCUACAACGAUGAUGUGCUGACCAAGGAUGCCGGCGAGUGCGUGAUCUGCCUGGAGGAGCUGCUGCAGGGGGACACGAUAGCCAGGCUGCCCUGCCUCUGCAUUUAUCACAAAAGCUGUAUAGAUUCAUGGUUUGAAGUGAACAGAUCUUGCCCAGAGCAUCCUUCUGAUUGACCUGCCGGGCGUGCUUGCUGACUUCUCUCUAAGGGCACCUUGCUAUACCUGCUGUACCUCCUCUCCCUGUCCCCCCCUGCCCCGCCUGGAGUUUUGGGCUGACUUUAAAUUCCUCGAGAAGACAAAAAUAAAACACAGAAACUUGAAUCCACUUGGGACAACAGCGAAUUUUUUUAUUUUAUUUUAUUAUUUUUAUUUGUUUUGUUGUUUGGGGGUUUUUUUUGUUGUUUGUUUUUUUUUAAUUUAAAUGAAUAUUAAAAAAAGAAACAUCCAGGAGAAGACAGUGUGAGAAAAGCAGAGCGACCUGCUCUCCCCUCCACAGCCGCUGGUCACCAGGAGAGCUCAGCCUGCCAGGGAGGCCCCAGAGACACCCUUGGCCAGAACCCUGCCAUGAUGUUUGGCUUUUCUCCCCAAAACGAAGGGGAAAGCUGCCGGGGGACAGCCGGCCAAACGGAGCACGCAGCAUUUCUCACCGGCAACCCCCCCACCUCCCACCUGGACUCGCCCGGGGGCUCUGCUCGGUUUUUUUGCACUGACUAAAUGGGAAUUUUCUCUUCUCUCCCGUCUCCCUUUUGGAGAUCUCCACCCCAUCCCUGGGAGCGCGAGACGGGGACUCUGCCCCACGCCGAGAGCGGGGCCACUGCUCCCCCCUGCUGAGCCGCGGGGGUCCGUCUUUCAAGUGUUUACAACGAGAGAAAAAAAAAAGGAAAAAAAAAAGAAGAAAAAAAAAAGAGAAAACCGGAAAAAAAAAAAAAACAAACCACAACUGAAGCUUUGUGUUGACUGGCGUGUUCUUCGAUUUGAGCUUCCCUGCCCCGGUGAUGUUUACAGACUGGUCACUCUUUAACUCAGCUAUAACCACUCAGAGACUGGAGAGCCGCAGCAUCCCCGCCGCCCCCUCCCGCCGCCCCCCCCUGCCGGACUCCUCUUGCCAAAACCACCCCCCUUCUUUCUUUCCAUCGCCUUUGAGUCAAACCCUUUUGGGGAGGGUAUGGGGAAGGCCCCCGAUGGCCCUCUGGCCACGGGGGUGGCUUUGCCAGAGGUGCCAAGAUGGAGUCAUUUCACGGCAGUGACCCCCUCCCAGCCCAUCCCCGUCCCCUCCCGGCACGGCGGGCACGUUUUCGUUGGUGAGACCUCCCCUGCUGGUGGCCGUGCCCCUGCGGGAAACCUUUCUGUAUUUAUAUAUUAAAAAAAAAACGGGGGAAAAAAACUAAGAGUUCAGAGCUUGGGGGGAGCUUCCUUCAUUAGUCAAGGUGUUUUGAUAUGGUAUUAAAACAAUGUUCAAUAAAAUAUUCACUGUUAUUUU